AUGUUCAAGUUGAUGGCAGUCUUCUUCCUUCUCAACCUUCCAUGUGCCAUGGCCAAUUUUGUUGAUCCCAGGUGCUUCUGGAGAGCAAAUUUGAAUGAAGUUGAUGAUAGAGACUUGGGGGUAACUUGUUCCUUCUUCCUUGGAGCAGUUAUAAUGCCUAGUGAGAAAGAUUAUUUCCACCAGACUCUGAAUAUCCUAAAAACAACUAAAAACCAUAAGUAUGCUUUGGCAUUGACCUUUUCAAUGGAUGAAAUCAACAGGAAUCCUGAUCUUUUACCAAAUAUGUCUUUGAUUAUAAAAUACUCUUUGGGCAAUUGUAAUGGAGAAGCUGCAACACCUACAACCUAUUUCUUUUACAAAUAUCCAUAUCUCCCUACCCAUAAUUAUUUCUGUAAUGAAGAGACUACAU